UGGGCUGGGUCUGGUGGGCUGGCACCGCAGAACCAGUGGAUCUGUUCUUCGUUAUGAUUUUUCAGUGUCGGGUGGAGUCUAUAUCCCGUCGCAGCUCUGCGGGGAAGGAGGAAGACAGGACUGUUUUUUGUUAGUUUCUUCUCAUUCACUCUUUGUAAACCGCCGAGGCGUCGACAUUUAUCCAUAAAGAUGACAACGACAACCACCUUUAAAGGAAUGGAGCCUGGUUCUAAAAGCAGUUCCAGGGUACUACGGCCGCCGGGCGGGGCCUCCAGCAUCUCCUUUGGCGCAGACGAUGACUCAACCCCCCGCAAGGAAAAGAUGGUCUCCAACAUCUUUGCAGAGCCUGAGGACCCCCAUGCUCAUCGGAGGAACAAUCCACCCACCGGGGCAGCAGCAGGAACCCUGUGUGGGGAGCCCUCAGCCCCUCUGAGGCGGUGCCAGCAGCCUCUUCUCUUCCCCAAGAACCCUGAUCCUGAGCUGAUCACCAUCCACAACUCCGGGGCGGCCAUGGUCUGGAAAGAGAGACGAGAGGGUGAGAAUGGCCAAGAACCAGGAAAUGAUGAGUGUCCUGAAAAGGAGGUGGAGCAGCAGGAGGAGCAGAAGGAGACGACAGAGCCUGCUGCCCCGUCGGGAGGUGCCAAUGCUGCAGCAGGCGGCCGAAGAAACCCACCUGGUGGCAAGUCCAGCCUCAUCCUGGGUUGAGACCACCUGUUUGUUUUUUUUUUCAUUCGAACGCUUUUUUUUUUAUUUUUUAAAGAUAAAUACCCCCACCACUCUCUUCCUCCUCAUCAACCUGUCAACUUCUUCCCUACUUCUCACGCACUCACGCCGUCACGUCCAUGGACCCCAGAGUCCUCUCCCUCCACCCUCGAACCUUUUGUUUUGAUCCUUUUUUCUAUUAAAACAAGAAAACUGUUGACAAAAGCACUUUAUGUAUCUCUGUCCCCCUCUUCCAUUUCAGCCCAUCCUGUAGUGCAUCGCGCCUGCUGGGAAAGGCAUGUUGUUAGCUUGUCCCCAUUCCUCCCUGUUGUAAAUGGUAAAGGAAAAAAUAAUAAAAAAGAUUUGAUGCGUGGAUUUCUAAAUACAAUAAAGAUUGAUAUGAA